AUGGAAUCAGAAAACACUCCUAUUAUGAGGGAAGAAGGAGAUAAGAAAGUAUACCUUUUUAUUGACAAUUCCAACCUUUUUAUCGAAGGGAAAUAUUCUGUUGGACAUCUUGAAAAGUUAGGCACUAUCGAUAAAAAAAGAGGAACUCAUUACUAUGACCUAAUUCGCAUCGAACAUGGACAGCUUCUCAAAAUAGUUCAAAAUGGACGUCCGCUGGGUGCCAACCCCUUUCUAGUCGGUUCAAAACCCCCUAGUGAAGAUUCGAUGUGGAAAUAUAUUCGGGAAUUAGGAUUUGAUGUCGCUGUAUACAAGCGAAACUCUCAAGACCGUGAGAAAAAAGUCGAUGUUAGACUUGCUUGUGCUAUGCAAAAAACAAUUGAAAAAAAUACUCCAGGUGUACUAGUAUUAAUAGCAGGCGAUGGCGAUUAUGAAUACCCCAUAGUAGAUGCUAUAGAAAAUAAUUGGAUUGUUGAAGUAUGGUUCUGGAAAUCAGCUACGUCCAAUGAUUUUCAGAAGAAAGAUUUUCGUCAGCUGGAUUGUCACUAUAAAAUUUUUACAUAUGGGGAUGAACAUACUCCCAAUGAGAAAGUGUAUACUCUUGAGCUUAUCAACGAGAAACUUGAAAAGUGGACAAACAUAGAGGCAAUGCAAUCAUCUUUUGAAGGAGAAGAGGAGGAUUUAGAUGUUUUUGAAGAAGGAACUGAUAUUUCUGAUCCUUUAGAAUUUAUAUUUGUAGAUCCAAUUGCCAAAUGGAGUCUGUGUAGUAUUUUUAAUGAUAAUUUAGAAUCGCCUGAUUUU